AUGGGCUUCUUCAGCCCCAGUGGCUCCAAGAACAGGUAUUUGGGGAUAUGGUUCAAGAAGGUCCAAGUUCAGAACGUCCUGUGGGUAGCGAACCGAGGACGGCCGCUGGAAGACUCCAGCGGGGUUCUAAAGUUCAGCGAAACGGGGAACUUAAUCGUCGUUGGCAAAGCUGGCGUGGUCGUCUGGUCGUCGUCUGUGGCGGCUAAUGGAUACGGGAAGUUUCGUUAUCAGAGACGAGAAUCGCAACCAAUCGAGCGGCGCUUCCUACCUCUGGCAGAGCUUCGAUGAACCUGGGGAUACCCUAAUCGCCGGCAUGAGGUUGGGGGUGAACAAGAAGACCGGCGCUACCCGUCACCUCACCUCGUGGAAGAGCACCGCCGAUCCGUCUCCCGGGAACUUUACGAUGAGGAUGAACAUCAGAAACCUGCCCCACGUCGUCCUGCUGGAGGGCAACACUGUCAGGUGGAAUAGCGGCCCUUGGAACGGCGUUACGUUUAGCGGACUCCCGGACAUCAAUUCCACCGAUAUGUUCCUGGCCGACGUCAUCUACGACGAACAAGAAGUCUACUACCAGAUCGAGAAGACCAGUAGUAAUUCGAACCCCAUCAUAGUGGUCCAACCGUCAGGCUUGGCGGAGCUGCGGUUGUGGAACGCGCGGACCUCGAGUUGGAACAGCUUUUUCUCAGGCCCGGUGGACCUGUGCGACGCUUAUGGCAGAUGGGGGCCCAAUGGCAUCUGCGGUUCUAACAUGUCGCCCGUGUGCCAAUGCCCGACGGGGUUCGAGCCGAGGUCGCCGCAGGAGUAGUACCUACGAGACACCACUGGCGGGUGCGUGCGGAAGGUGAAGCUACAGUGCGGUGGAGAUGGGUUUCUGCAAUUGCAGGGGAUGAAGAUGCCAGACACGAAGAACUCAACGGUGAAGAUGAACAUGACGCUCGAGGAGUGCCACGAGAGUUGCCUCAACGACUGCUCUUGCACUGCCAACUCCAGUGCCUACGUUAGAAACACAGGAACGGGGUGCGUCACCUGGUUUGGUGACCUCAUGGACAUCAGGAUCGUCGCAAACGGACAGGAAGAUUUAUACAUACGGGUGCCGGGCUCUGUCCUAGGUCUUCCUUUUCUUGCUCCACAUAUUCUUUUUCUCCUUCCUGUUCUUCAUCUUAUCGUUCAUGUUCUUACUUUUUCUCCUCGUCCGCUGAUAAUGAUGACUUGUGACAGCAAAAUCUGUGAAAGGGAAGAGCAAGCGAAAUGCGGCGCUCGUAGCCUCGGCAAUCGUCGUCUUUUCACUGUUCCUGGGAGCUUUGUGCGGUUUAAUAGUCAACAGGCGGACAAGGCUCAAGCGUCGGAAGCUGAUGAUGAUUGAUGGAGGUAACAUGUUAAUCUUCGUUACCUACAUCUAUAUUUACUGAAUUGGUAUAAGAACAACCUUAACUUCUAAUUGGCAGAUUGAACAAAAUGGUUCUAUACAUUACUCGACUCUACCGUUUAUUUAUUUUUCCGUAGAAAAUCUAAUUAUUUGACGCUAGCUUAGAGAUGCUAGAUAAUCCAUUUUUUAGUAUGAAAUAUGCACCGUUUACGUGGCAUCAUCUUCAAUCAGAAGUAGGUAUGUGAUUCAUUUAUGUUCAAUGGCAUGAAACAGCUAGCUCUAUACGCUCUUUCACUGGUAAAUAAAAAGUAUCUUUACAUUACAAUAUAUAUAACGAAAUUAAGAAUGCAUGCACAUAAAUCAUUGUGCUAAUAACAUUAUGAUAAAUAGAUAGACCCCUGAAAAGCUUGCAGCAUGACUCUUUAAAAGUUCGGAAAUAUGAAUGAUUUCCGACUGUAUGACCAAGGUCUUGUUAAAGGGAAUUUACGCAUAAUCUAUUUUCGUCCCUGUGAGAAACUCAUACUGAUCGCAUAUUUAUUGAAAGUCCCAUCUUUGGUGACAGAUAAAGGGAAGAAGCACAUUGACGUGAGCAUCGCUGUGGAGGACUCGGAGCUCCCAUUAAUGGAGUACAAAACGAUCGUGUCAGCCACUAAGAACUUCUCACUAAGAAACAAGGUUGGCGAAGGCGGAUUCGGAACUGUUUAUAAGGUAGAUUUCCCAAUGAACAAAUAGAAUGAAGAUGUCCAUAAAUACAAAGUCAUGUGUUUUAGAAAGUGACUCAUCGAGAUGGUUUGCUAGGGAGUCUUGGACGAUGGCCAGGAGGUGGCAGUGAAGAUGCUCUCUUGGACCUCUGUUCAAGGGGUCAAUGAGUUCAUAAACGAGGCAACGCUUAUAGCCAAACUUCAACACAAGAACCUCGUUCGGCUACUCGGCUGCUGCAAUCAUGGUGAAGAAAGGAUGCUGAUCUACGAAUUCAUGGAGAAUAGCAGCUUAGACCGCUUUAUAUUUGGUUAGUAAUAAAACAUUCUCAUGUCGAGUAACAUAAAAUAUGUAUUUCCAUGGCACUUGCUUGAUUUUUUUAUUCAUUAUCAAAUAAUAUAUGUUGAAUGACACUAACUUUUAAACUCAUUUACUCUUCUUCCAAGGUAGAUAGCCUUGCAAUAUUGAUUGGCUGAUUAAUUAGACCAAGAGAUUGAUCACUAUUGCAUUGAAUCAGGCAGAAGAACGUCUGAUAUUUUAGAUUGGAGUCUUCGUUCGGACAUCAUCCUUGGCGUCGCCCGAGGGCUCAUGUACCUCCAUCACGACUCGAGAUUCAAGAUCAUUCAUAGAGAUCUUAAAGCCAGCAACAUCCUCCUCGACGAAGCAAUGAACCCAAAAAUUUCCGAUUUUGGAACUGCGAGGAUCUUCGGAGAGCAUCAAACCAUGGAGAAUACGAGAAGGGUUAUCGCUACAUAGUAAGUACCUAUUGAUUUACUUUCUUAUUUUGAAUUUCUCUGAUUAUGUACCUUAUUUAUUGUUUAGCAGUGGAUAUAUGUCUCCGGAGUACGAUAUAAACGGGAUCAUCUCACUGAAAUCUGAUGUCUUCAGCUUCGGAGUUCUUGUCCUAGAGAUCCUCAGUUGUCAGAGAAACGGAGGGAUCUAUGAAAGCCAAGGUCACCUGAAUCUCCUUUCCCAUGUGAGUGCUUGAAGACCUUUCAAAUAAACAAUCAAUUCUGAUGACUAGAUUUAAAUUUCUUGCCCGUGGUAGUAUUCUGUUAACCAUGCGAUAACCAAGAAACUGCAUCCAUGGAGGUGUUAUAGGCUGGAAGCUAUGGCUAGAAGGUGACUGCCUGGGAUUCCUCGACGAGACAAUACGCAGUUCCUCAAAUCCCAAAGGGAUGGUGACGUACGUACAGAUUGGCCUGCUGUGUGUUCAAGAGCACCCGGCCGACCGUCCGACCAUGGCUACUGUCGUCAUGAUGCUGGCGAGCGAAGACUUCCCGCUGCCUUGCCCCAAGCAGCCCGGCUUCCUGGCUCUAAGUAACUGCAAGCACUCAGCCGAGGUUUCCUCGUCCUGCAGCCUAACAAUGACAGUUGUCGAUGGUCGGUAGAGCAGUAUCAGUUUGUGGCAGCCAGAAGGAGUUCUACAGUCCACUGCUGAAAGCGAUCACAAACCUCUCCGGAAUAUUUUCUUACAGAUGUAAGACCUUCUGAGGCUGAGGGAGCCCAGAGCUAAGACACUGCUGGCUGGAGUUUUGUGUAAGAUUUAUGGAGGGGAACUAAUGUAG